CGCUUCUCCUUCCUGCCCAGGCUCAGCCAGGCAGGGCGUCUGUAAAGGCGUGCCGAUGCUCUCCGUCCAGCCCAAAGGGAAGCAGAAGGGCUGUGCAGGCUGCAACCGCAAGAUCAAGGACCGCUACCUGCUGAAGGCACUGGACAAAUACUGGCACGAAGACUGCCUCAAGUGUGCCUGCUGCGACUGCCGCCUGGGCGAGGUGGGCUCCACCCUCUACACCAAGGCCAACCUCAUCCUGUGCCGGCGCGACUACCUGAGGCUCUUUGGCACCACGGGAAACUGCGCCGCUUGCAGCAAGCUGAUCCCAGCCUUUGAGAUGGUGAUGCGGGCCCGGGACAACGUGUACCACCUAGACUGCUUCGCCUGUCAGCUCUGCAACCAGAGAUUUUGUGUGGGAGACAAAUUCUUCCUGAAGAACAACAUGAUCUUGUGUCAGAUGGACUAUGAGGAGGGGCAGCUCAAUGGCACCUUUGAAUCCCAGGUUCAGUAACGCCCGGCGCCUGGCCUCCAGGCCCGUCUGUCCAUCUGUCUGCCUGCCCACUCGCCUGGCUGACCGGCCAGCCACUCUGCCAGUGCGGGCUGGCCAGCCACUCUCUGCCGCGUUAGAACUUCAUCCUCGAUGGGAGGGACGGCCCUUCCUCCACUGCCGCCGCCCAUCUGUGUGUGACCCCUCCUGGGGCCAGGCUGGGCCUGUACAGUCUGUCUUCUGUAUAUAAAUGGGAUCAUUUAUUUUAUGAGAAAUGUAAUGCGAUUUUAUUACUGGCGUGGAUUAAACUUAUGAAUGUUU